AUGGUCUUCUCCCUUAAGGCAGUGGACCAGGGUAUUAAUUGGGCCAUGCAGUUGGGCCUUAACCCAGCCUUGUCUUCCUCCCCAAAAUUGAAUUAUUGGUACUCGCGCGCCAGAUCAAAAUCCAAGCUCCUCCACUCUCCCAUGGCCUCGCCCAACCUCUACCCCAUCGUCGACGACAAGGACCUAGACGACGCCGCUUUGUGGGCAGUCAUCGACUCUGCCGCCGCCUCACACUCCUCCUCCAAGUACAAGCCCCAAUCCUGCAAGCCCCUCGCAAUCAAAUACCCAAAUUACCCUUCUCCUCCUCCGAAGCUCUUCAAGACCCCGCGGCUCCCCUUCUCCAACGACUCAGGCUCAAAGUCGUCGUCGACGGAGGGCGAGGUCGUCGAGGACCCCUCGGCUUUCCAUCCGCCGAGGAAAAUCGCCAGAACCUCUUCUUCUGGAGUAAACGACACCAGUCCUCUUGUCGUAGUCCGAAAUGUACAGCGAACGACGCCGACCACGCCUACGACACCGUUUUACUCGUCCCCGGAGACGCGCGUGUCGCCUGGCAUCGGGAAUUAUGCUAGCCCUGUGAGCUAUGCCCAGAGAGAUGAGGGGGAUAAUAGCUCUGGCUCUGUGCAUAGCUUGACCGGGAGGUUCCCUUCAGUUUCUUUGUUCAAGGAGUAUCAGAAUGCGGCAAUGGCGAUUUUGGAGAAAACAGAUUACACUAUGAUUUCUGGGCAUCCUUUCAUCAAAAAGUCAGGUUGGAGGAAGAUAUCAUUUUACUUCAAUCUCUCCUUUGAGAUCAAAGACAAGACCAUUGAGUUUGAUGAGAACCGGAAUGUUCUGCGCGCUGAAUUUGUGGUUCGGGCACAUAUGCAGGGCGGGAGGUUCUCAGACGGAUGGGGCGCGUGUGACCGGCGUGAGAAGAAAUUCAAUAAGCCAAAUCAUGAUAUUCCGAGUACAGCAGAGACCAGGGCCAAAAGCAAAGCAUCUCAGGACCUGCUAGGAAUUGGAGAGUACCGACCAGGUGCAAGCCAAUUCCACCAUUAA